AUGGCAUCCACUGUCGUAGACGAAAAGUUGCUUCGUUUCGGUCAGGCCCUCGAGUCCGUCAUCGAUGCAGAGAUUGAGAAGAUAGAAACGGAUGACAUUCAACAACUACGAGAGCGACGGCUAAAGGAGCUCAAGCAACAGGCACAGAAGAAGCAGGAGUGGCUAGCAGCCGGACACGGACACUUUAAAGAGCUUUCCUCAGAAAAGGAGUUUUUCAGUGAAGUCAAAACCUCGGACAACGUCGUCUGUCACUUCUUCCGAAGCAGCCGGCCAUGCCAGAUCAUGGACAAGCACCUUGAGAUCUUGGCGAGAGAGCAUUUAGAAGCCAAGUUCCUGAAGAUCAACGCGGAGAAGAGCCCGUACCUGGCGGAGAAACUGCGCAUAUUCAUGCUCCCGACGCUGGCCUUGGUUCACAAAGGCAAAGUCACAGGAUACGUUGUUGGAUUUGACGAGCUUGGCGAUGGUCUUUUGAUGUUUGAGGUAGUAAGACACUUCUAG